GCAGCUAUCUCAAUUUUUCUCACUUAAUCUUGGCUUCACGUCAGAAGCUGUGCAGCAGUGCAGUAGAAUAGGGCCUGGCAAAACCUUUGCCAGCCAAGCUUCCUUUUGUGCUGGGACUGUGGCUCGCUAUCGACACCUCGUCAGUCUCCAAGCCUGGAUUUCCUACUGAUUUUCCUCCUCUGUUGCUCCCCCAGGCUCGCGCGGCCGGACAUUGUGGGUGUGCGUGCUGGAUUUCUCCCGGAUGCUCUCCGACUAACAUGGAUGUGCUACCAUCCCUUGCAGUGGAAGGUUGCUCCUUGGCGCAGUGAGUGAAGAACAUGCAGCGAUUGCUAAUGGGUUUGGGAAGCGGAGACUCCUUCCUCUGUCUGUGACCAUGCCGUGAUCGCGUCUGCGGCCACUACUCGACGCAUCCUCAUUCUUGCCCAAACCAGGAGCCUAACGCUAAAUCGGAGAAGUGGGUGCCGCGCGUGUAGGCACAGAAACACCAUGAAGAUUAUUUCCCCGAUUCUAAGUAAUCUAGUCUUCAGGCGCUCCAUUAAACUCCUGCUGUGUUUACUGUGGAUUGGAUAUUCUCAAGGAACCACACAUGUAUUAAGAUUUGGUGGUAUUUUUGAAUAUGUGGAAUCUGGUCCAAUGGGAGCUGAGGAACUUGCAUUCAGAUUUGCUGUGAACACCAUCAACAGAAACAGAACCUUGUUGCCCAAUACUACCUUAACUUAUGAUACUCAGAAGAUAAAUCUCUAUGACAGCUUUGAAGCAUCCAAGAAAGCUUGUGAUCAGCUGUCUCUUGGCGUGGCUGCCAUCUUUGGACCUUCCCACAGCUCUUCAGCAAAUGCAGUGCAGUCCAUCUGCAAUGCCCUGGGGGUUCCCCACAUACAGACCCGCUGGAAACACCAGGUGUCAGACAACAAAGAUUCCUUCUAUGUCAGUCUCUACCCAGACUUCUCUUCACUCAGCCGUGCCAUUUUAGACUUGGUGCAGUUUUUCAAGUGGAAAACCGUCACAGUUGUAUAUGAUGACAGCACUGGUCUCAUCCGUUUGCAAGAGCUCAUCAAAGCUCCAUCAAGAUACAAUCUUCGACUUAAAAUCCGUCAACUGCCUGCUGAUACAAAGGAUGCAAAACCUUUACUGAAAGAAAUGAAAAGAGGGAGGGAGUUCCAUGUGAUCUUCGACUGCAGCCAUGAAAUGGCAGCAGGCAUUUUAAAACAGGCAUUAGCCAUGGGAAUGAUGACAGAAUAUUAUCAUUAUAUCUUCACCACUCUGGACCUCUUUGCUCUUGAUGUAGAGCCCUACAGAUACAGUGGUGUCAAUAUGACAGGGUUCAGAAUAUUAAAUACAGAAAAUACUCAAGUCUCUUCCAUCAUUGAAAAGUGGUCAAUGGAACGGUUGCAGGCACCUCCGAAGCCCGAUUCAGGUUUGCUGGAUGGAUUUAUGACGACGGAUGCUGCUUUAAUGUAUGAUGCUGUGCACAUUGUGUCUGUGGCUGUCCAACAGUUUCCCCAGAUGACAGUCAGUUCUUUGCAGUGUAAUCGACACAAACCUUGGCGCUUCGGGACCCGGUUCAUGAGCUUAAUUAAAGAGGCUCAUUGGGAAGGCCUCACAGGCAGAAUUACUUUCAACAAAACCAAUGGCUUACGAACAGACUUUGAUUUGGAUGUGAUCAGUCUCAAAGAAGAAGGUCUAGAAAAGAUUGGAACUUGGGAUCCAGUCAGUGGCCUGAAUAUGACAGAAAGUCAAAAGGGAAAACCAGCUAACAUCACAGAUUCCUUAUCUAAUCGUUCUUUGAUUGUUACCACUAUUUUGGAAGAACCUUAUGUCCUGUUUAAGAAGUCUGACAAACCUCUCUAUGGGAAUGAUCGAUUUGAGGGCUAUUGUAUUGAUCUCCUCAGAGAGUUAUCUACAAUCCUUGGCUUUACUUAUGAAAUCAGGCUUGUGGAGGAUGGGAAAUAUGGAGCCCAGGAUGAUGCCAAUGGACAGUGGAAUGGAAUGGUUCGUGAACUAAUUGAUCAUAAAGCUGACCUUGCCGUUGCUCCACUGGCCAUUACCUACGUUAGAGAGAAGGUCAUCGACUUUUCCAAGCCCUUUAUGACACUUGGAAUAAGUAUUUUGUACCGCAAGCCCAAUGGUACAAACCCAGGCGUCUUCUCCUUCCUGAAUCCUCUCUCCCCUGAUAUCUGGAUGUAUAUUCUGCUGGCUUACUUGGGUGUCAGUUGUGUGCUCUUUGUCAUAGCCAGGUAACAUGCUCACUUUUGUGAUUUUUUUGGCAAUUGUUACCUCCUUUUUCUAACUAAUAAUUGUCAAAAGUCACAAUCAGUUUUACUUCCCCCCACCCCCUUUAUUUCCCACAAAAUGCUGAAGAAUAAUGAACUUUUAAGAGUCACAUCCACUAUCACAAUGCACGAUGCUGCCUUUUUUGGGCAGAAAGCAUGCUGGUUGUGUCAAUAAGCUAUAAGUGUGGUAGGGUUCUUAAUCAAAAUCUAAAAGC